AAAUAAAAGCGUCGGGGCGUGAAUCUGCUCUGACAGCUCAGACUGAGGAGGAAGAGGAAGAGGAGGAGGAGGAGGAGUGUCGGUGCCGCGGCUUGGUCAGUCGGUAAACAGUCGGUAAACAGUCGGUAACGGUCGGUGAGAUGCUGCUUCAGCUCGGCGCUGCUGUAUAAAGUCAACACAAUGUCCAGACAACAAGUCAGAUGUUGGACGAUUCUGCAAAACCUCGAAUCACUUCCAGUGGCUACAACACGAUGUCUACAAUCACUGUUAGUGUAAAACAGAAAGUGUUUGAAGCUGCUGAGACGUGUUGGUCUUAUAAAAAGCAGUCAGCCCAUUUGUGUUGUCAAGUUGCUCUUUCACAGUUUUCAGGUCAUGUGACUUCUCGUGGAGGAUGGGCAGUCUGCGUUAAGCUAGCUUCCAGUGGACAGGAGGUCUAAGGUGAGACUAGGGAUCAUGGGAGAUGGAGGACCCCUGCAGACUGAGGGGAACGCCCUCCUCAAAGCCGUCUUCCAGGGGAAGCUGAGGCUGACCCGCCUGCUGCUGGAGGGCGGCGCUUACAUCAACGAGGGCAACGAGCGUGGAGAGACUCCCGUCUCAGCAGCCUGCUUAGCGAGUUACGACGACCCGCAGACCCGGCAGAGGAUGGUGAGGUACCUGCUGGAGAAAGGUGCCGAUCCGAACAUCCCCGACAAGAGUGGGAGGACGGCGCUGAUGCACGCCUGUGCUGAGCAGGCGGGAAAGGAGGUGGUCUCACUCCUGCUUGAGAACGGAGCUGAUCCCAGCCUCAAAGACUACUCCGGCUCCUCCGCCCUUGUCCACGCCAUCAACAAGGGAGACCGCGACACUCUGCAGGUGCUGCUGGAUGCCUGCAAGGCCAAAGGCAAGGAAGUGAUCAUCAUCACCACUGACACGUCUCCGUCAGGCACCAAGAAGACCAAGCAGUACCUCAACUCCCCCCCCUCGCCGGGCAUUGUGGACAAACUGUCUCCGGCCUGCAUGUCUCCCUCCGAGGUGGAGAUCGGCACCUCGGAGGGCAAAGACAAGGAGGGGAUCUUCAGCUUCGCACUCACCUCGGCUUUACCUUUACCUUCAGCUCGACCUCCAGGAGAAAAGAGACCGCCGCCACGCAAGCUGCUGAAGAGGCUGAACUCUGAGCCCUGGGGCUUGGUGGCGCCCUCGGUGCUGAGCGGGGUUACUCAGGAGAGGGUUGACGGAGGUCUGGAGGAGGAGGGCGGCUGCGACCUGAGCCGGACGAUCGCUGAGAUUAACGGCCUGUCCAUUACAGAACCAGUGAGACCUCUGUUGUCACGGCGACACAGCAUCGAGACCCAUGACCCCUGUUCCCCCAAACUCAUCGACCGGUCCUGCUCCGAGGACUGCGCAGCCCUCUCUGGUUCCUCCUGGGCCGACAAAGUCCAGCAGCACCAGAUCCUGUACCGCAGGAACACAGCCCCUGAGUCCCAGGAGAAUGCCGGGGGACCUGGGGCAGUCGCAGCCCGGGCCCUAGCUCACCCCAAACUGACCCGGAUGGAGCACUAUGAGUCGGACACCCACCUCAGCCCAGAGUCUAUCCCUGGAUCUCCGGACUCUGGUCGGGUGUCUGUGGAGCGGAGGAGGUACAACGCCUCCCCCCUCUCCCUGGUCACCAGCUCCUCCAGGGAGUCUUUGGAGAACAUCCCCAACUCGGUGUCCCCCAUUACCAUGCGCAGACGUCCCCCAGGGCUCCUGGAGCGCCGGGGCUCCGGGACCCUCCUGCUGGACCACAUCUCCCACACCAGGCCCGGCUUCCUGCCUCCACUCAACAUCAACCCCCAGAGACCCAUCCCCGACAUCCGGGCCAACGGCAAGCCCACCUCCCCUGUCCACUCCGGGCACAAGAUUCUGGUCCCCGUGGCCCCUGCCUCGCCCAAACGGGGCCCCGACUUCAAGAUGAAGAAGAAGCUGAUGAGGAGACACUCGAUGCAGACAGAGCAGAUGAAGCAGCUCUCCACCUUCCAGGAGAUCCUGGCCGAGAAGGUCAUCGAGUCUAACGGGGAUUGAUGACAGGAGGUGUGAGGGCAAGGCAUGAUGGGUAACUGCAGAGACUUCUAAGGUGGUGACUUACUGUGAAGCUUCUCCAUUAGAUCAUCACCUCACUGAUAAACUCUGUGACACAUUUAAAACCACAUUCUGGUAUUUAUGGAGCGCUGCACCAACAAGGAUUUUAUUAAACUGAAAAAGGGUUCAAUUAGAGUUUAGUUAAACUUGUAUUAACUUUAUGAAACCAUUUUUAAAUUUGAGCUGCCUGUCAUAAUUUUAACUACAUUCUCUGGUUCUGAGGUUAAUGUUAGCUUAGUUUAAUGGUUUAAACUAAUAUAAAUUUCAAAGUAACAAACAAAAAGAGAAAUCUAGAAGUGAUGCUUCAAAAGGUAAACUUUUAACUAGAACCAACUUUUGUCCUUCUUCUUGAACCAUCACGGCUUCAUGCAGUUACAGUUAAGACACCAAAAUGAAAAACUAAACAACAAUUAAACACAAACUGUUGUCUCUCUACAAAGUUAACCAGCUCUAAGACUUAUGAGUUUAUUUUCUUUUUGUGAUGCAACAUAAUAAACACAGCAUUAAUUUAUUUUCUGUUCAUGGUAACAGUUGUAAAUAUUAGAAUUCAACACCUUCUCAUCACUUAUUUCUAAAAGCUAAACGUUUUUCAGAUCGGUAAGAGAAGUUUGUGAUUUAACUGAUUUGAGCAGGUAAAAGUUUUUGUGGGUGCUCCUCUCCUGUUUCCUCUGCUGAACCACGGGAAGCUUUCUGGGUUAAAACGUUUACAACAUAUUCCUGAUGCUUCCUCUGAACCAUCCUCAAUCAUUUACUUACUUCAGUUAAAAACUGAUGAAACUACAAACAAAAGUAAUCUGACUUGUUAGAUGUUUACAGAUGCACAAUUUGCACUGCGGUCGUGUCUAUUUUUCUCAUGGUGACAGAUGAAAACAUGAACCUUCUGCUGGACCUGAAGAUUUACUGAUGAAACUGAUAUCUGAAGGUCGGCUCUGAAAACAAACUGUCCUCUUUUCAUUAAUUAAGCUAACGUAUUUAUUUGAAUCCAUUUAUAAGAUCCUGUUCUGAUUGAAAAAGUGUGAAACUACCUACUGCGCUGUAUGUACUGUAAUUAUCUACACACUAGUCAAUAUAAUAGUUGGUAUUUCUGUGUAAAUGAUCCUGAGUUCCUCUGAAUGAAUUGUCUUUAUUUUACAGUUCAGAGGGAUGUUUGAACGUCCGUCCUGUUUCUGUAGUUUAACAGUUUUCACAACACUGAGGUGAUAUUUUGAUCUAAUUUGUUUUGAGAUGAAGUUAAAUGAAAGUAGUUUUCUUGUUUAUGAAAUUCCAAAGAAGUUGUGUGGAAGAUUUGAACCAAAACCUGCUGAGACUGUAAAUACUGUAAAGAUGGAUCUGUAUGAACCUGUACUGUAAUAUCAACCCUGAAGCACUUCAUCUGGUUCAACAUAAGGGGGUGCUGAAGGACAGUUAAAGGAACAGUCCCACGUUUUCUGUGUCCUGUCCAGAGGCAGAGGAGAAGACGGAUAUAAAAGUUUCAUCAUACAGAGAAAGGUUCAGGAUGGGGUUAGCCUAGCUUAGAGUCUCUGUGACGUAGUGACGACUCACAUGGCUAGUUGGUGAACUACUGUAGCUGGCGAGCUAACUGCUAACAUGCUAACACCAAUCAGUCAUAAUAUCUCUUUGAGCGUCUUUCCCUUUCCUCUCUACUGUUCUGUUUACUUUCCCUGACAUUUAGCUCAUUAUUUCAUUCAAAAAAGUUCUCUACGCUAACAAGUUUGCUAAUGAUCAGUUAGCUAGUUAGCUUAGUUUGGUGGCUAACAGUAUAAUAAGUCUCCACAAUUUAUUAACAGUAAAUUGACAGUUGUAUUAGUAUGAUGUCCUCCUGUCUCCUAACUGUUGGAUGGUGACACACAGCUAAUAAGCUACGAUAGCUUCCUCCAUUUUCGACUUUCCGGCUUUCCAUCCACUCAGAGGUCAGCUUUGUCAGGACGGCUUGUUAUUGGUCAACAGGAUGAAUUCACAUGUCAAAGUGCAGAUUUACUUCCCCCUGCAAGUGAAUCUACUGAUCAUAGUUAUUCCAUUAGAAUUAAUUUAAUUAGCUGUGAAAUUUCAGUGUUUUGAAUGCUGGUGUGACGGAGUCUUAACAACACUGGUGCAAUCUCUGCUCCCGGCAGCGCUUGGUCCACAAAUAGCUCCACCGCUAACUGCUGCUAAAACCACAAUGUCUCUUCUUCACAUUUUGGUUUCAACACCUGUUCAAUACACAACCACAACAUGGAGAUCACACUGGAGUUGUUGGAAGGAGAUUUUUUUCUCCUUUGAUGGAGCUAAGCUAGCUGCCAGCUACUGCUAGUGUUAACAUUUAUCAAAUUGUGUAUAAAAGUCACAGCACAAGCUAAGACUGCUGUAAAAAAAAAAUUAAUAGGGACAAGCAGCAUGAGCCUCAAAUAAAUUUAAAUUUUAGAUCCGACUGAAACUAAACACAAAAAUUUGCCCCCUGGAUUAUCUAUUGUUGCUAACUGCACAAGGCAACUUGAUGGCUAAACAAGGUUUGUGCUAAGCUAGGCUAACAGUUCCCCCCUGCUUCCAGUCUUUGUGCUAAGCUAGGCUUACAGCUUCCCCUUGCUUCCGGUCUUGGCUAAGCCUAUCCUGGACCUCUCACAGAGAUGAAACUGAUCUGAAACGUAACUGAAGAAGAACAAGAUUUACAGAAAUGUUAGUGUUUUUAUAAAGUUUCAAUGAAAUGAACGUCUCUGAAUCAAGUAUUGUUGAUCAAAUUUGACUGCGACUAAAAUGUUUUUAGGGAAUCAUCCUGUUGACACACACUUGACAAGUUAAUUGGACCCUUUCUGAUUAAAAAAAUUAAGAACUAAACAGUUUAAACUCGUCCUAAAUUAAGGGCUGACUGUGUAUCAGUCAGAAGUUUGUGAAUAAUUUCGUCCUGAUUAAGUGACCUGCUGAGUCAGCAGGUGAACUUCCUUCAGUCUCACAGGUUCAGUUUGUGAUUCAUUUCUGACCGACGAGUGUGUUUGGUUUUAUUUUGACAGGCAACAACAGAGAGUCUGUCCUUCUUCUUAUUAGGGCAUGUGUAUGACAUCACCUGUGACACGUCUGAAGAGGGAGAAGCUACAGCUCAAACUGUUGAGGUAAACAGGUACACCUGUCUGCUGCAGCUGAGACACUUUCUACUGAUGCAUUUAAUCUGUAACUGAUCCAGCUCGAACCAGUUUAAACCAGUGUGGUCCAGUUUGAACAGGUCAGAUCCAGUUUGAUCCACUUUAAACCAGUUUAAAACAGUCUGAUCCAGUUUGAUCCAGACUAAAAUUCAAACUGGUUUAACUGUAUCAGACUGGUUUAAACAGGAUCAUACUGGAUCAGACUGGUCUGAUUGAUGGACCUUGUUGUUGUUCGUAGAUACUUGAAAUUUAAACUAAAUCAAAGUAUUUUUGUAAGCCUGUUAGCAGAUAGAAACAUCUCUCUAAUGAAUCUGUGAUAUAUUUUUCUUCUUUCACUCUGAUUGUAACUCAAACUGUGGAAUAAAAACAUUUGUUUCAUGUUCAACUCUCAAA